AUGGAUAAUCAUAAAGCUAAAAUAUCAUAUAAGACAUUAAAAUCAAAUUUGGUCAAUUUACCAUCAAAUUUAACCAAUUUAUUAUUUACUGCAAAUAUUCAAGUUCAAGAUGUUAUAAUAGAAAUUGUCAAUCAGAAUAAGAAAUGUUAUGCUGGUUGGUCAGGUAUGUCAUCUUCAAAUUUACAAUAUUUAGAAAUUGAUCCAAUUUUUGCUCAAUCUAUAAAUUUAUCAGAUUCAACAUCAAUUAUCGUAAAUUUAAAAUUACACAACUAUGAGUCUACCAAUAUUCAAUUAGAGCCUUUAACUAGUUCAGAUUGGGAAUUAGUUGAGUUGCAUGCGCAAUCAAUAGAAGAUAAAUUAUUAAGUCAAACUAGAUGUGUUGCUUUAAAUCAAAUUUUAGUUGUUUAUCCAAGUUCAACAACUAGUGCAAAAUUGUUAGUCACUGAUUUAGGUACAACUGAUCAUUUAUAUGGUAAAAUAAGUCCAUAUUGUGAAAUUGCAAUUGCACCAAAGUUAAGAAAAGAAACAAGUUCAAGUAAAAAAGAUUCAAGUUCAGUUAUAAGUAAUACUAUAAAAGAAGAUUAUUCAAAUUCGUUUCUGAUUUUGAAAAGAGGAAUCUCAUUGCCUCAUAAAAAAUUUGAAUUUAAUAAUGAUCAAUAUGAAGUUUACAUGUCUAUUGAUGAAUUACCCAUUGAUUUUAAAAAUUCAGAUUAUUAUGCUGCUGUUUCUAUUGUCCCUGGUCCAAAUGAUAAACCAAGUAAAGUAGUAGAUGAAGAGCAACAAGCAAAAUUAAAGGAAAAUAAAAAGAUAAUUGCAAAGAUAGUGGAUUAUAAAACAGUUGAUAAUAUUGGUAUUUCAUCAAGAUUAGCAAUUGCAUUAGGUAUUGAAAAUCAAAUUGGAAAUAUAAUUGUAUUAAAACCAGCAAUUAAAAAUUUAUCAAAACGACCAACUACAUUGACUAUAUAUCCAUACAUAACUCAAACCAAAAAAUCAAAGGAGAUAAAUACAACUAAAAAUAAUAAAUUAUUACAACAAUUAACCACUGAAUUAUAUCCACAUUUAUCAGAAUUAAUAAUUACAAAUAAUUUGAAAUUACCAAUCAUACCUAAUAUAUUACCAAAUGGUGGAUUAUUAAAAUUUAGAAAAAAUGAUGAUGUAAAUGCUUGGAUUAAACCAUAUUCAUUAAAUAAGAAAAAACCAAUAAAAUUAGAAUUGGGUGAUGAUAUAUUAAAACCAACAUCAUAUAUAGAACAGAAAGAAAGAGAAAUUGCAACUAAUGAAAAUGCAAUUGGUUUAGAUUCCUUAGUUGAUGAAAUUAUUGAAUCAUUUACCACUACUGAAAACACUGGUUCUUUGAUUUAUGGUAAUUCAGGAAGUGGUAAAACAUUAUUAAUUAAACUUAUAUCUGAAAAAUUAUAUCAAGAUUAUGGAUAUUAUAUCAAAUUUAUAAGUUGUGAAAAUUUAAUGAAUGAAAAUUUCCAAAAUUUAUCAAAAAAUCAUAUUAUCAAGUGGUUACAACAAUGUCAAUGGAAUAAACCAUCAAUUUUAGUGUUGGAUAAUGUUGAUAAAUUAAUGUCGAAUGAAAGGGAGAAUAGAGAUUCUUCAAAAUCAAAUCAAAUCACUGAAUUUUUCAUUUCACAAUUGGAAAAGAUUUAUAAUCAAAAAAAUUCGAAUUUAUCAAUACUCUUAACUUCAAUUUCAAAAGAACUGAUAAAUAAAUUAUUAUUAAGUUCACAUUUAAUUGAAAAUUUUUUUAAAUUGGAAUCACCAAAUAAAAAUUUAAGAUUUGAAAUACUUCAAAGUUAUUUAGUAGAACAAUUAGGAUUAAAAUUGAAUAAAAAAAUUGAUUUAAUGGAUUUAGUAAGUGAAACAGAAGGUUAUUUACCAAAUGAUUUAAAAAUAUUAUGUGAUAGAAUUUAUCAUGAUUAUUUAUUCAAUGAUAAUUUAGAAUUAACAACGACUAAUUUUGAAAAUGGAUUAAAAAAUUUUACACCAUCAAAUUUAUUAAAUGUUAAAUUACAAAAACUGACUAUAAAUUGGUCAGAUAUUGGUGGAUUGAAACAAGCUAAAGAUAUUUUUUUUGAAACUUUAGAAUGGCCAACUAAAUAUGCACCAAUUUUUGCAAAUUGUCCAUUAAGAUUAAGAUCAGGUAUAUUGUUAUAUGGAUAUCCUGGUUGUGGUAAAACAUUACUUGCAAGUGCAAUAUCAGGACAAUGUGGAUUAAAUUUUAUUUCCAUCAAAGGUCCCGAAAUUUUAAAUAAAUAUAUUGGAGCUUCUGAACAAAGUGUACGUGAAUUAUUUGAACGUGCACAAGCAGCAAAACCAUGUAUUUUAUUCUUUGAUGAAUUUGAUUCAAUUGCUCCAAAAAGAGGUCAUGAUUCUACAGGGGUAACAGAUAGAGUUGUAAAUCAAUUAUUAACUCAAAUGGAUGGUGCAGAAGGUUUAGAUGGAGUUUAUGUAUUAGCAGCAACUUCAAGACCAGAUUUAAUAGAUAGUGCAUUAUUGAGACCAGGUAGAUUAGAUAAAUCUGUAAUUUGUGAUAUGCCAAAUUAUGAAGAUAGAUUAGAUAUUUUAAAAAGUAUAACUUCAAAAAUGGAUUUAUCGAAUGAUGUUAAUCUUGAAGAAAUUGCUAAAAAGACACAUGGGUUUAGUGGUGCAGAUAUGCAAGGAUUAGCAUAUAAUGCAUAUUUGAAAGCUGUUCAUGUAACUUUAGAAGAAUUGGAGAACUCAAAAAAAGAGGAAACAAAUAAUGAUAGUGUUAACGAUUCAAUUGAAUUUUUUAAAGUUUCAAAUGAUUCAAAGAAAAUGAAACCAGUUGAAAGAAUUCAACUAUUAAAUCAAAUUAAACAAUUUUUACAAAAUGAAAACAAAAAUAAUGAGGAUAUAAAAAAACAACAAGAUUCAAUUUCAAAAUCUAAAGUUUUAAUAAAUUGUAAAAAUUUCGUCGAAUCUUUAAAAGAAACAAAACCUUCAAUUUCAAAAUCUGAAAUGACAAAAUUACAAAAAAUAUAUAAACAAUUUAUAAAUGAAAGAGAUGGGAAUAUGCCUAGUGGUACUCCAAGUAAUGAAAUUGGAGGUAGAACUACGUUAAUGUAA